UCCCCACCGCACUCCACACACCCCCGCCGGCCUCAGCGCGCACCAGGCUGCCGCUCUCCACCGUGCCAAUGGCGCCCGCCCGAGCAGCCCUCCUCGCCCUCCUCGUGGCCGCGCUGCUCCCGCCCGCUCUGUCCCGUGGGCAGGGGCGUGGCCCGCACCUGCCCGGGCACGGCCUGGUCCAUCGGCACGGGCCUGGCAUCGGUCACCACGCCCACGCGCCGCUCGGCGGUGGCGCCUGGGCGUCCGCUCACGCCACCUUCUACGGCGGCGGUGACGCUUCCGGCACCAUGGGCGGGGCGUGCGGCUACGGGAACCUCUACAGCACGGGGUACGGCUCCAACACGGCGGCCCUGAGCACGGCGCUCUUCAACAACGGCCUCAGCUGCGGGGCCUGCUUCGAGGUGCGGUGCGACCCGGGCGGCACCGAGGCCGGCGCGCCCCACGCCUGCCUCCCCGGCUCCACCGUGGUGACUGCCACCAACUUCUGCCCGCCCAACUUCGGCGAGUCGUCCGACGCCGGCGGCUGGUGCAACCCUCCCCGCGCCCACUUCGACAUGUCCCAGCCCGUCUUCCAGCGCAUCGCGCUCUACCGCGCCGGCAUUGUCCCCGUCUCCUACCGCAGGGUGGCGUGCCAGAAGAAGGGCGGCAUCAGGUUCACGAUCAAUGGCCACUCGUACUUCAACCUGGUGCUGGUCACCAACGUGGGUGGCCCCGGCGACGUGCACGCGGUGUCCGUCAAGUCGACGCGCUCGGCGGCGUGGCAGGCGCUCUCACGCAACUGGGGGCAGAACUGGCAGAGCAACGCGCUGCUCGACGGGCAGGGCCUCUCGUUCCGCGUGACGGCAGGCAACGGCCAGUCCGUGGUCUCCAACAACGCCGUCCCGCGCGGCUGGUCAUUCGGCCAGACCUUCAGCGGCGCCCAGUUCCACUGAGCGCCUGCAUCAUCCGCAGACGCAGUACCAUCUGGUUGUAGUAGUGGUUUUAGCGAGUGGUGGUCGUCGUCAACCUCCCGAUUGGAGCGUGCUGGGAAGCGCCAUGGUUUUAUGGUUGGUCCUUCCUCAGGCAUACGUUCGUGGGGAUUCGAGUUAGUAGCAGGUAGUUAGGCCUGGUAUUAUCAUGGGCUUUUAAUUGUCCUGGUGUGGUGUGUGUGCUAGCUGAACAUUUGAACGAGGUUUUGGCUAGGAUGGCAGCGGUGGUAAAGGCUGGUUUGAUUAACCGAUGCCGCCUUGUAUCACCCGCCGAUUAGCGAAUGGGCCUCUUGGGUAGUGGCCUUUGUCUCGAGGAUGUUUUGGUGUGUUCCUUGUUUGUGUGUGUGGUGUGUGCUUGGCUGUGAUGUAACCUCAGACCGAGUUAAUUUGAGCCUCUGGCUUUUGGAUGUUUCA